UGGGUGGGCAGGCCAGCUCCCAGCUCAGAAGGGGGCCUGCGGUGUUUGGUCGCCUGGUGUCAGGCGGGAGUGGCCCCGUGCCUCCUGAUCUGUCCAUGCUGGGGGCUGGGGGCCUGGGCCUGACUGCCCCGCCUCCGGCUUCCCCUGGAGCCGAGGUUCUUUGAUGACACGCUGGGCGGUCUUGCCUCACAGCUGGACAAACACCACGAUGCUGCUCAUGAAAUCAUCGAGACCAUCCGAUGGGUCUGUGAAGAAAUCCCUGAUCUCAAGCUUGCAAUGGAGAAUUACGUCCUAAUCGACUACGAUACCAAAAGUUUCGAAAGCAUGCAGAGACUCUGCGACAAGUACAACCGGGCCAUUGACAGCAUCCACCAGCUGUGGAAGGGAACCACGCAGCCCAUGAAGCUGAACACGCGGCCGUCCAACGGGCUCUUGAGGCACAUCCUGCAGCAGGUGUAUAACCACUCGGUGACCGACCCUGAGAAGCUCAACAACUACGAGCCCUUCUCCCCAGAGGUGUAUGGGGAGACCUCCUUCGACCUGGUCGCGCAGAUGAUCGACGAGAUCAAGAUGACCGAGGACGACCUGUUCGUGGACCUGGGCAGUGGAGUGGGCCAGGUUGUGCUGCAGGUCGCUGCGGCCACCAGCUGCAAACAUCACUAUGGCGUUGAGAAAGCUGACAUCCCAGCCAAGUACGCGGAGACCAUGGACCGAGAGUUCAGGAAGUGGAUGAAAUGGUACGGAAAAAAGCAUGCAGAAUACACACUGGAAAGGGGCGACUUCCUGUCAGAAGAGUGGAGAGAACGGAUCGCCAACACGAGUGUUAUAUUUGUGAAUAACUUUGCCUUUGGUCCUGAGGUGGAUCACCAGCUGAAGGAGCGGUUUGCAAACAUGAAGGAAGGUGGCAGAAUCGUCUCCUCGAAGCCCUUUGCACCUCUGAACUUCAGAAUAAACAGUAGAAACUUGAGUGACAUCGGCACCAUCAUGCGUGUUGUGGAGCUCUCACCGCUGAAGGGCUCGGUGUCGUGGACAGGGAAGCCAGUCUCCUACUACCUGCACACGAUCGACCGCACCAUACUUGAAAAUUAUUUUUCUAGUCUGAAAAAUCCAAAACUCAGGGAGGAACAAGAGGCGGCCCGGCGCCGGCAACAGCGGGACAGCAAGAGCAGCACAGCCACCCCCACCAAGGCGCCUGUGGACACCCCCAUGGAUUCUGGUGCUGAGGAGGAGAAAGCAGGGACGACUGCCAUCAAGAAGCCGCCCCCCUCCAGAGCCCGGAAGAAGAAGCUCAGCAAGAAGGGACGGAGGCUGGCCGGCCGGAAGCGCGGGCGCCCCAAGAAGGCGGGUACUGCACACCCGGAGCGCAGGCCCAGGAGGGGCCAAGCUGCCCUGGACCUCCUGCACGCCCAGACCCUGUCUCAGACCGCAUCGCCCACGCCACAGGACGUGUACAAGUCACCUCACAGCCCCUUCUACCAGCUACCUCCCAGCGUGCAGCGGCACCCCCCCGACCAGCUGCUGCUGGCGCCCACCCCGCCCGCACUGCAGAAGCUGCUAGAGUCGUUCAGGAUUCAGUACUUGCAGUUCCUGGCGUACACAAAGACCCCGCAGUACAAGGCCACCCUGCAGCAGCUGCUGGGCCAGGAGAAGGAGAAGAACGCCCAGCUGCUGGGUGCCGCACGGCAGCUGCUGGGGCACUGCCAGGCCCAGAAGGAGGAGAUCAGGAGGCUCUUCCAGCAGAAACUGGAUGAGCUGGGGGUGAAGGCUCUGACCUACAAUGACCUGAUUCAAGCACAGAAGGAGAUCUCGGCUCAUAACCAGCAGCUGAGGGAGCAGGCAGCGCAGCUGGACAAGGACACCCGGCAGCUGAGGGCCCAGAGCCUGCAGCUGCUCAAGGCUCGCUGCGAGGAGCUGAGGCUGGACUGGUCCACGCUGUCCCUGGAGGGCCUCCUGAAGGAGAAGCAGGCCCUGCGCAGCCAGAUCUCCGAGAAGCAGCGGCACUGCCUGGAGCUGCAGAUCAGCAUCGUGGAGCUGGAGAAGAGCCAGCGGCAGCAGGAGCUCCUGCAGCUCAAGUCCUGUGCGCCACCUGACGACGCGCUGUGUGCGCGCCUGCGAGGGAAAGGCGUACUGGGCCGGGAGCUGGAGGCGGGGCCGGGCCGGCUGCACCUGGAGCGGGACUGCCCCCCGCUCCCCCCGCCGCCCUUGAGCAGCAUGAGCCCAGAGCUCUCUAUGAACGGGCGCGCGGCCGGCUACGAGCUCUGCGGGACUCUGAGCCGGCCCUCCUCCAAGCAGAGCCCCCCCCAGCACCUGGCCACCCCCCUGGACCAGGAGGUCGUGCCCUGCACUCCUAGCCACGGCAGCAGGCCCAGGCUCGAGAAGCUGUCCAGCCUGGCUCUGCCCGACUACACCAGGCUCUCCCCAGCCAAGCUGGUACUGCGGCGGCACCUGAGCCAGGACCAUGCUGCCGGUGGCAAGGUGGCUGCCGGUGAGCUGCACGCACGAGCUGAGCACGCCAAGGAGAAUGGCCUUCUCUACCAGAGCCCUGGCUUGGCCAACGGCAUCAAGCUGAGCCCUCAGGACCUGCGGCCCUCGUCCCCCGGGGCCUUGCAGAUGGCUGGAGAGAGGAGUGGUGAGAAGGGUGUGAAGGAGCGCGCCUAUGCCAGCAGUGGGGAAGCCAUCACCAGCCUGCCGGUCAGCAUCCCGCUCAGCACUGUGCAGCCCAGCAAGCUGCCCGUCAGCAUCCCCCUGGCCAGCGUGGUGCUGCCCAGCCGUGCCGAGAAAGUGAGAAGCACUCCCAGCCCAGUGCCGCAGACCCGAGAGUCGUCUGCACUUGAAAAGCAGCUGGUUGCUAAUGCCCACGGUGCCGGAAGCAAGAGCCUUGCCCUGGCAGCUGCAGGCUUCUCCUACGCCGGCUCCAUGGCCAUCAGCGGGGCCUUGUCGUGCAGCCCGGCACCACUUCCUCCCGGAGCUGAGCCUGCAGCCUUUGAUGAUCCCCCCACCUCGGGAGGCCUCUUCACUCCUGUGGGGUCCCACAGCUCCACCCCUCAGCACCCCCCACUGCUAGUGCAGCCCCGCAACUCUGGCUCAGCCUCACCUGCCCACCAGUUCUGUGCCAGCCCCCGGCUCGGCAGCGCCCCCCAGGGCCUGCUCCUAGACUCCAGCAAAGGGGACCUGGUUCCCGAAGCUGGCUUCUCGGACCCAGAGAGCGAAGUCAAGAGAAGGGUCAUCUUCACUGGCACGGCCGCUGGCGGCACCAGGCCGCCACCCCCCAGCAAGCACAGCCCUCUGCCAUCGGGUGCUCGCGGAGACAGUGGCCAGAGCCUUGGGCAGGAUAGCCGCAAGCGGGGCAGGAGGAAGCGGGCAUCAGCAGGGACCCCCAGCCUGAGCUCAGGUGUGUCCCCCAAGCGCCGGGCCCUGCCAUCUGUUGCUGGCCUCUUCACGCAGUCUUCAGGGUCUCCCCUGAACCUCAACUCCAUGGUCAGCAACAUUAACCAGCCUCUGGAGAUCACUGCCAUCUCGUCCCCUGAGAGCCUGCAGAGCUCCCCUGUCCCUUCCCAGGACGACGACCAGCCGCCCGUGCUCAAGAAGGAGAGGCCCCUGGGCCAGAGCAAUGGGGCCCACUGCUCCCCACCAACCUCGGACGAGGAGCAGGGCUCUGAGGAUGAGCCCAGCAGCGCCAGAGCUCGUGGAGCUGCCGGGUCCCUUAGUAACAUCACGUGUAACUUUGUGCGGAACGGCCAAGUCGCCCCACAGCUGCUGCCGUCUCACAUUCCCGCCAGCCAUAUGCAAGCGUCAGGCUUCCCCACGUCCUGGGCGGUAAUUGAGAGGAAAAUUGCAACCAUCUCCUUAGAAAGCAAAUCUCCUCCGAAAACCUUGGAAAAUGGGGGCGGCCUGGUGGGAAGGAAGCCGGCGCCUGCCAGUGAGCCCGUCAACAGCAGCAAGUGGAAGUCCACCUUCUCUCCCAUCUCUGACCUCGGCCUGGCCAAGUCCUCCGACAGCCCGCUGCAGGCUGGCUGCGCUCUGAGCCAGAACUCCCUGUUUGCUUUCCGGCCCCCCCUGGAGGAGCCCUGCUCGACUGAUGGCAAGCUGGCUGCCCACCCCAGGAAGAGCUUUCCGGGCACCCUGGUGGGGCCCGGCGGGCUGAGCCCGAGCAGCAACCCUCCCAACGGCUUUGCCUUCAGCGGGGGCCUGGCCACCGACCUCAGCUUACACGGCUUCAGUGAUGGUGCUCCUCUGUCCCACAAGGCCCCCGAGCCGGCCGGCCUGGGUGCCCCCUCGAGCUUUCCUGCCCCACGGGGCAAGGAGGGUGGCACCACGGAGCCCGGCCCCUUUGUGCACAAGAGGCAGCUGGACGGACUCGGUGGCCCGAAGGCCGAGGGCGGCAAGAGCAGGGAGGCGGGCGAGCUGGGCCUGCCCGUGUGCGGGCCCUCGGACAGGGCACCUCUCGGGCACGGCAGAACAGGCAGGAGCCGGGACCGGGAGCCCGACUUCAAGAACGGCCACAACCUCUUCAUUUCCGCCACUGCCGUGCCUCCCGGGGGCCUCCUCAGCAACCCCGGCCUUGCCACGGUGGCAGCCCCGGCGAGUAGCGUGGCGCCCCCCGCGCAGACGCACCGGCCCUUCCUGGGCUCCUUCGCGCCUGGUCCGCAGUUCGCGCUGGGCCCCAUGUCCCUGCAGGCCAACCUGGGCUCAUCUGUGCUUCAGUCCUUGUUCAGCUCUGUGCCAGCUGCCGCCGGGCUGGUGCACGUCUCGUCCGCCACAACCAGACUGACCAACUCGCACGCCAUAGGCAGCUUUCCCUCGGGGGUGGCGGGCGGCACAGUCGGAGGUGUCUUUAACCACGCGGUGCCUUCCGCCUCCACUCAUCCGUUUGGAGCCAGUUUCGGCAGCGGGGCUGCGUGUCGCAGCGCCACGCUGAGCUUAACCCCACUGCAGGCGGUGGCCAGCGCGCCCGCCUCUAACUUUCAGGCCCCGCACUGCGUGGAGCCGCGGCCACCCCCUCCAGCUCCAGGCCGGGCCCCCGCAGGGCCGCGCGCCCCCGCACUGCUGCCGGCUCCCUCCGAGCCGGCGCUCCUGCAGAGCCUCGCGCCCCUGCCCGCCGCCCCGGCCUUCUUGCCCGCGCCCGCCUCCUCUGCCGCCUCUCUGCCGCCUGCUAACGCCUCUCUGUCCAUCAAGCUUGCCUCCCUCCCGCACAAGGCCCCCCGCCCCCACCUCGCGGUGCACCAGCAGCCUCUGCCUGGGCUGACCCUGGCCCGGGCCGCCCCUGGGACCCCGCAGCCCGGCUCCACGGGGCCGCCCGCCGUAUGGGUUUCCCUUGGCAUGCCACCUCCAUAUGCCGCGCGCCUUGCGGGGGUUAAGCCGCGAUAAAGACCUUGCUUAGCUAGCUGUUCGUAUUCUGUAAGGUAAGGCCAGCACCCAGCCAGGCAUCCCGUUCGAGAACCUGAGCUGUCCUUCCUCUCCCAGAGACAGGCGGGUCUGUAGGGCUCCGCCGGGGCCCUGGGGGACAGAGGCUGCUCUGCUACAGCCGCGGGUGGAGGUGGUCGGUCUGAGAAUCGCAGAGGAUGAAGGAGCCAGGGAGUCGGGAGGCCGGGGUGACCACCGUAAAACCUGAAGGCAGUGGCCGGCCCUUCACACCAGAUCCCUGAGGCCGCCUCUGCCCAGGGAGCCAGCAGAUCUGGGAUGUCUCUCCAGGCGGUGGGCAGGGGUACAGGGGAACGUCCAGCCCUGCUUGAGCUUACUGGCCCCGUAGGCUCUGUGUCAGCCAUAGCCAGGUGCCUGGGCAUCCCAGCCUGGCCAUCUGUGCCCUUGGGCCUCCUAGUCUGUUUCCGUGACUGCGCCUCUACGGUUUUAGGCAGACGUAAUGCGUGUAAGGCCCCUGGCACAUAGUAGGGCUUCAGAGGGUGGUGGUGGUCCGUUGGGCUCCUUGGUUCAGGUCCCUGUGUGCAGGCCCCCACCUACAUGCACCGGGGCUGCCGGGUCAUGGGGUAAGCACGGUGCUGGCCGCAGAGGAAGGUGGCUGGCUGGCGCGCGGCACUGUAGGGUCAGCUGAGGGCAGCGCAGGAAGGUGGCUGUGAGGCCUCAGGAGGUCCCUUUCCGCUCCCUGACUGGCUGUGCUGCGAUGCUGGGGCUGGGCUGCUGGUGUAGCUGGCCUGGCCUCUGUGGGUGCUUUAAUGUCCCCUGGGGCGAGGGGCGUCCAGGGUGAGGUCUGGAAGGAGGCCAGGUGCUAGCGAGGCGCUGGGGCAGGCACAGAUCCUGCUGUCCCCAGCCGCCUGCAGCGUUAAGUGGGAGCACGUGUGGUGGCCUCCUGGUCAAGUGCAGAGCAGCUGAGGUGUGGGCGCAGCUGUGCGUCUGUUCUGUCGGGAAAGCCUGGAAGGUAGAGAGGGCUUCAGCACAAAGUGGCCUCUUGCCACCAGACGUGCUGUGUAGGCUUGAGGAGUCUGCGGUGUGCACGGGGAGACCUUGGUGUCAGGCUCCCAUCCAGGCCCUCAGUGGGCAGCUGCCCGCCCCCUCCUGCAGCGGUGUCAAGGGCAGUCACCGUGGGCUGGGCGGCCAGCAGUGCCCUCGAGCCAUGACCGGGGGUUAGGUGGGCGCAUCUCAGUUCCAGGGCUCCUCGGGAGGAGGGAGGCCAGGAGGGCCUCGCACGGCUUGGAGCUCCCACCUCUGAGUGGACUAGGGGCGUGGCCUGGGCCCUGCAGCCACCAUGCUCCGUCCAUCCCUCUGUCUGUCUGUCUGUAGGCGGCUUUGGUUCCCUGGCCCGGGGAGUGUCAGGGCUUAUGGGGACCAAGUGCUAAUGCUAUGCUGCAUUUCCUCCCACGCUGGCUCUGCAGGUAACUAGGAUUUCUACCUCAACUGCGAGACCUAUGCAAGCACGGGGUGGGCGGCCAGGACCAGCGGACAGAUGUCAAGGCUCUACUGUGAUCAGCGCUGCACGGACCGUGGGGGUGCUGGGGCUCGGCUCCAGCUCGUACUGUUCAUAGUUUUAGAUAAAGUAUUUAUCGUUUUUUAAAAAGUA